CCUGUCAUCUAAAUUAAAUAUCAUGGCGUUAUAAUACUGUAUGUUGGAUAACUGAGCGCUGCAAACGACCUACCACGUUCGCAGCAACGGCGGGACAUAGAAGAUGCUUCUUGCUGCAUAGUGUUUGAUUUGACGGCUUUUGAUGGCAUUUGGUUUAUAUGCUCGAUGUUUACACCGGGGAUAUUAGAAAAACUAGUUUUAUCUAGUAUCUACUGUCCUAACUGAAGUUUAAUGAGUGAUAUACUUGCUAUGUUGGCCAGGUGGGCCAUGUCUCCGGUCGACGGCACGCGUUUUUGAGGGUUGAGGGUUUGUUCUGAGGGUUUUCGCACCAGAUAUUAUAUUGCACCGUAAGAUAUCGUAUCCCUUUUAACCACGAUGUUUUCUUCGAAUUAAACAAGUAAUAUUUCUGCUGGCACUGGGUAGGUAGGCUAUGCGAAAUCGAAGGACAGGAAGACACCUGCAUCACACGGGGAUAUUUUUAUACCGGUCGGUAGCUCUAGCACUGCACACUCCCCUUGUCUGUGGCACCUCAAACGCAAUUGAAGUUGUCAGGAACUACUCCAAAGCCUAUGAGGACAUCGCCCUUCUGUGCAGAAGAGAGGAGCUCAAGUUCGGCACCUGCCUCAUUAACCGGCUGAAAUGUUACUAUAAGAAGGACUGUGGAAGGGAGUACAUGUUGAUGAAAUUAAUCUGCUCAGUGAGCUCGAACCAGAGCAGUGCCCAUGAGUACCCAGACUGCCGUGAUGGGGGCAGCGAGGCCAGCCUGCUGGUGUCACCGCUGGUGGUGGCUGGCAUCGUUAUCGGCCUGGUGCUCUUCCUUUCCUGCGUUACCAUCAUUGUGGGCAGUCUGCGCAAAGACAGCCGUCUGCGCAACCCCCACCUUCGGGCCAGCUAUGCUCCGGAUGGCUUUUCGUAUGGUGGCUCCAUUGGGGAGCUGAGGUCGACGUGUAUCGAGGAGUUCCCUCCAGCGUUUGACUUUGACUCCUACGUGGAGACUCUAUCACAAGUCAAUGUGAUGUAUCCAGACUCCCCGCCCCACUAUGAUGAAUGUGUGGGACCAGGUGCGACACAGAUAUACGUCCCCACAGAUGACCCCCCUCCAUACUCCCUCACGGACCCCUGUCAGCAGGGCCACCAGCAGGCCACCUACACCAGCCUGGAGAUAGAGGAGCCGUCCGCUGGUGCUGGAGCCUCUUGGGUGUCUGCCAGCAGCGCCGCCGCCUCCCCCUACCCAAUCAGACUGCACGAGCUCAGGCAGCAGCCAAUAUCCUCCAUCUCCCUGUCAGCAUUCCCCCUGGAUGAGGCGCCCCCAUACGAGGUGGUGGUGAGCAGGCAGAACCAGCCCAUCCCUCUGAUGCCCAUGGACCUGCUCAAACACCCCUCAGAGGACAGCCAUAGUCCCCAGAGAGCCCGAGUUGUCACACACAGGAUCCUGUAGAGCUGCCUGUGCUAGUCCGCUCCAAUGCUCUUUCUGCAGACAGCCACACACACACCCAUCCCAGUCUGAGUAGGACAGUUUAACUCUCUUCUGCUUCUUCCAGUGUCCCUUUGUGCAUGACAGGCAGUAUCAAAAGAGAUGGACUUUCUGGACCGAAGCUGAAAGUUUGGGUUGAACCUGAACUCAGUCCGCGCCUUUCUUUCCUUCCCUACCUCUUGGAUAAGCUGUGUCCCCCGAACCCAAGAUGUUACCCGCACCACUCCUCACUCUCUCUCCCUUUACUACUGGGGCACUGCCAUGAAAUCACAGGGCUACUACUGGUAACCUGGGGCUGGGAGUAUGGUCUUUCUGUCCAGAGGGAAUUCACUUCAUAUUGUACAUUGGUCUCAGUUUAGGAGGCAUUCAAGCAUUUAGGAAGCAUUAUCAAAGUCUGUUUUUAGCACAAAAAAACACUAGAGGUAACCUGAAGUGGUUUCACAUAGAUAUUAUGUAUGUACUGUUGGUUCUUGUUGUGUUGAAAUGGAAUUGCUCUUGAUAAAAAACACUAUAGAAAGAAUGUCUAAUUUCACAUUUCUUCACAACAUAUCCAUAUGGUUUUAUUAAUAUUUUCUUAAUGCAAAUAAUAUUUGAUUUAUAUUUAGCUGACUUUAGGACUCCCACAGUCUGUAAAACGUCCAGUAAUUUAAACUGAUAAAUAUACCCCAGUGUUAUACACUAUUAGAAAAAAAAGGUGCUAUCUAGAACCUAAAAGGGUUCUUUGGCUGUCCCCAUAAGAGAA